CGGAUGGCAGCGGUCGCCGGCUGAACAAGCUUCAUUCGGGGCAUCUGAACUGGACCAUGUUUGCGUAGCAGAUGUUACGGUAAAAGAAGAGGUAUACUAUAGUAAUUGACGAAAUACCUGAACCAUCGAGCCCUUUAACCACGCUGCCAGUCCGCGGUGAUGCGCGUUUCCGGAUUCCGCCGCUUACUUGAGCCGCUUCGACAUGGCCGUUCCGGCGAGGAAAAACCCGCUGAGCACAGCAGCAAAUCACAGAAUGAUGCCCGACUAGCGCCGGGUUGUCUUGAUGUUGCUAGCCCAUGAAGCUGGGCCCGGUCUCUCACUGAUAGGCUUCACGUGUGUGUCCUGGUCGCGGGUUUCCACAUAAAUCGUGAAGGUAGGACGCCUUGCCAGACUCAUCCAAGAAGUUGUUGCUGGCACAUUAUUGCCGCUUGAAGAUGUUGGGUGCUCCUGUGCCAGGCUCCGUACCCCACACGCAAGCGCCAGCUUGAGUAAUCACAGUGUGUCAGUGUGGUGUGUGUACAUGCCUUUGUGCACUUGAGUAGUGGUUUGCAGAAUCCUUCACCCAAUGCGCUGAAAUCAACGCCGAACAGAGCAAGUAGGAAAAUGACUGCAAGGUCUUUGCUCCACCUUUGGUUCCUGUGUUCAAUAUCACUUGUUGUAUUGUACCAACAAUGCUCGCAAAAGCAACCCCUGAGGUCGGAAAAGGUUCCACCAUGAUCCACAAUUUACUGACGUUAAAUGGCCGACCUUGCCUUCAACCAUUCAACGCAUGUCCACAGGCGUGACAUUCAUGUUUUGAUGUGCAAUCAGCAUGGCCCUUGUCCUGGAUAUGCCAGAAGCUCUAUAUUAUAUAGUUGUGGGUGAGUCAUUCAAGUACCGGGUUCACUCAGCUUCUUUGCCUUAGAGGGGAUUUUCCACAUUAAUGCGCUGGUCGUGAUAUUGUAUCAGUGUUUGUUCGACCGACGACUGCAUUUGUUGAAUACGUUUUGCAAGAGUGGCCCUUUGGAAUGGCAGUUUUUGCCCUUGUUGUUGCCGUGUGGUCAAGAUCAAAUCUACAGCUGUUUGUGAGAUGUUGUGAGCCUCAUUGGAGGCUGCCAAGCUGACUGUUUCCCACUUGGCGUAAGAACGUCGAACUUCAAAGCGAAGUAGUAGACGGUUUGAGCAGGAUUCCUCAGACUGGAUGUUGCUUGAUGUAUAUACUGGGCUUUAUGUUUGUUCAUGCAGCUUUCUGUUGAUGCAGGAGGUUCUGCAAAUGGCCACUGGAGAAGCUGCUGGACAGUGACAGUGGCAAACCAGCUCCAUGCUACAUUUGUCACCAGCUCCAUGCGUGAGGAAUAAACAUCUCGGGUCCCGCCGUAGGUUGCAUGAUAUGCCUGAUAUGCGGCCCUGCUGCACAAGGUUGGCAUCGGCGGGGCAGCGGAUUUUGUGACGCACCACAAAACCAAUGCAGUCGGCCCAGAGAACUCGAAUCCCAGAACGAGCUGUUUCUGCAGAUCCUUUUUGGGAUGGCCUUGCGUGGACCAUCUGAUUGCAGCUGCGCGAUGUUCAAUGCGUUGUGCCGUUGGCGUGCCAGCAUCCUUCGGGAUGGCGGCGGCCAAGAUGGAAUGCUUUGGCCGGUUACCACGGUGUACAGCUUCAGAGAUCUUCCAGUCUUGGCAAGGCGUUUGGCAAGGCCGGGUGGCAUGCAGAUACACAAUCGAUUUCGCAGCAGGUUGAAUCAAGCGGACUUCCCCAUCACGUGCACGCCUGCUUGAGCCAACGUGGGAGGAAAGGUGCCCUAAACCUUUAUCAUUAUAAGUUUGCUUUCUCCCAGAUAUCGCAGAGGGUGUUCGCAUACACCCGUUUGUGCUAUUGUUCAAGUUCAGUAAAGCGUCAAGAGCUCAAACAUUGAGGGAUUGUAGAUUGUCGAGAUGUUGCACAGCAAACCUCAACAAAAUGAGGCGAGACUGAGACACAGGUAAACGGCCAGGUUCUUGAACAGACAAACCAAUCCUGUGCCGUGGAACUGCUUGCUGGUAAGUGAGACCUUUCUGAUUCUGGGUGAAAGCGGCUAGAGCCAUUCCAAAGCAAAGAAUAUGGAUGAGUGCAUUGCUGCCUUGUGGAUUCGCUCCGACUCUGACCCAGGAUUGUGUUUGGCAGUCUUGUGGGACUAAAAGUGGUGUGCCAAAAGCUGUCAAGGGUCAAGCUGCAGCAACAUCAGCCUUUCGGCCGCUAGCAGAUUCGUGCGAAACGAUGCUGAUAUGUGCUGCUGGCUGGGCUUCCUGUUGGUCAAAUCCUACACAGCGGCCUUUGAUUUGGAGUCAACUCAAGCCUGCAAAAUCGGCGUGCGUUUUGCAACCUUCAGCGUCCAGUUUUGUUGAAACCCGUUUGCCUUGCAACGUCAUGGCAAUGCAACCCCAGAGGUCCUCCAGGUUUGUUAGGCCUUUGGGCAUGUUACAAUUACUAUAGCUGGUUAGACCAAGUGGACUUCCCCAUCGCAUGCACACUCGCGGACUUGGCUGACUCUGCCGGGAAGAAUCCCAGAUAUUGUAAAGGGUUGUCGCACAAGCGCCUUUGUGCAGCUGUGCAAGUAGAGCGUCACGAAUUCAAUCUAGGCCGUUGUGGGAAUAUUGCACGUCAAACAUGAUUAGAUUUCAGUGAGAAAGUGGUAGCUUAACGCACUAAUCCUCUCCUUGCUGGUAAGUGAGACUUGUUUGGGCAUGUUUGGGCCAAAGCGGCUAGAACCACUCCAAAGUAGAACCAUUCGAAAGCAAAGACAAUGGAUGAGUGCACUGCUGCCUUGUAGAUUCGAUCCGACUCUGACCCAGGAUUGUGUUUGGCAGUCUUGUGGGUCAAGGGUCAAGCUGCAGCAACAUCAGCCUUUCGGCCGCUAGCAGAUUCGUGCGAAACGAUGCUGAUAUGUGCUGCUGGCUGGGCUUCGCGGUUGUUUCUCGCAAACUUGGGGGCUGAAAUUGACCCGAAACAAACCAGAUGCAGGAACACGGGCUUGUGUGGAAAACAGGCUGAACCUCAACCGGCUUGUCUUAUUUAAGGCUCCAAUUUCCGGAGUUUUAUCCAGCCUGGCCAACCUGACACUGCCCAAGAUGGCGGAUAUUGAACGUCCAGAGAGGCUAGACAGUACGAAGUGAGCCUAUGUCGGUCAUUCGAGUCGUGGUGCAAGAUCAGAUGUUUGCCAGAUCCGAGGGUUUUGAUAUGUUUGUUUUGACGUG